UAUUAUAACGAAGUAGUAUAUUAUUCGCAAAAUUACCGUUAGAUGGUGCUUCAAACGCUUCCGAAGUAUCAAUAACGCAGUUUUUCAACGAAACGUGUCGAUGUUUAUAUAUGUUGUUUAAAUGUCGUGCAUGUGAUUCUAAGUACAUUAACGUUUCAUGUAAAUAAUUUAAUAGCCUUAGUAUAUACAUACACUUAUAUUCACUACUUUUGCUAUUAUAAAAAAUUCGAUAAAAUGGGUAAAAGAUAUUACUGCGAUUAUUGCGAUAGAUCGUUUAAGGACGAUCCAGAAGCCAGGAGAAAACACCUCUCUAGUUUACAGCAUGCCAAAAAUCGAGCAGAUCAUUAUAGUUUUUACAAAGAUCCUGAAACAAUAUUGCAAGAAGAACAAGGAAAAAUACCUUGCAAAAGGUAUAUGAGCAGUGGUAAUUGUGCUUUUGGAAGUAGUUGCAAGUUUUCUCAUUACGCACCGCCCUUGAUAUGGGAACUUCAACGUAUCGUUGCAGUUAAACAAAUGGCAGCAUCACACUUCAAACCGCAAGGUGGAUGGCCCAAUUCAGAUGACAUAGUUAAAGAAUUUUUUGUAGAUAUUACCAAUCCGGAUACAACAGAAGAAUUUACUUAUCCUAUAUGGGAUGUACCACCAGAAUUACAUAAUUAUCCAAACUUACCACCGUCAUUAUGGCCUGUCACACUGGAAAGCGUUACCGAUUCCAAUUUUGAAGAGUGGAGUUAAAAAUGUAAAUAGCUCUCACGCUCUGCUUCCAAUACAUUGUAUAUAUGCGAUAACAUAUUAAUUUAAGCGAAAUAAGUUUACGUAAACAAGAUAAAAUAAAAAUUAAUUUCACUUCAAUAAGCAUCAUCACCGUCAUAAAUCUCAUAUUAAAGGAUUAUUAUAAAACGAAAUAUAUGUAAUUAUAAAUAACAUUAGUAAUUAAUUACUAAUAUCAUAAAUAUUAUAAAUAAUAUCAAUAAUAUUAAUAAUGAUAUAUUCAAGAAAUAUAUUAAUUUAUCUCUCUCUCGAA